UUGCAAUGUGCGCGGAGCCAGAUUCCGAUCCCACCUCUGACAUGCCCUUCCCACGUGAUCCCCGGGAUGGUCCUGACCCUCCACUUCAGAGUCCUUCCACCUGUGCCAAGUCUGAGCUCCGUCUCUUGUAGCCUCCGCUCUCCCCCAGGAGGUGGGAGCCCUGAGGAGGAGGGGAUGGCCUCUGCGUCCCUGGCGGCCAGGCCCUGCGCGGACUCAGUGACAUUCCAGGAUGUAGCUGUCGAAUUCACCAGGGAGGAGUGGAGGCAUUUGAACCCAUCUCAGAAAAAGUUGUACAGGGAUGUGAUGCUGGAGACCUAUAGGAAUUUGGUCUCUUUGGGAUUUGCAGUUUUCAAACCAGAUGUGAUCUGCCGAUUAGAAAGGAAGGAAGCAUCUUGGAUGCCAAAGGCAGAUGUUCCAAGAAGGAGCUCUCUGGAGAUCAAAGGACUUCUUGAAGAUAAUCUUUAUGAAUGUAGUGAAUGUGGGGAAGCCUUCAGGAAAAAGGCAGAAUUCACUGUGCAUCAAAAAAUUCAUUCUGGGAAAUUUCUUUAUGAAUGUAAGGAAUGUAAGAAGACUUACCGCUUCAUCUCAGCUCUCAAGCGACACCAAUAUAUUCAUACUAAAGAGAAACCUUAUGAAUGUAGUAAAUGUGGGAAGGCGUUUGGGGUGGAGUCAUAUCUUACUAAGCAUUGGAGAAUUCAUACUAGAGAGAAAUCUUAUGAAUGUAAAGAAUGUGGAACAGUCUUCACAAAUAAGACACAAUUUACUUUGCAUCAAAGAAUUCAUGAUGGAAAAAUUGUUCAUAAGUGUAAGGAGUGUAACACGACUUUCCUCUAUAUCUCAGAUCUCAAGCGACAUCAAAAUAUUCAUACUGGAGAGAAACCUUAUGAAUGUAGUAAAUGUGGGAAGGCUUUUAGGACAAAGGGACAUCUGGCUGAGCAUCAAAGAAUUCAUACUGGAGAGAAACCUUAUGAAUGUAGUAAAUGUGGGAGGGCCUUUCUGAUGAAGUCAUAUCUUACCAAGCAUCAGAGGAUUCAUACUGGAGAGAAACCUUAUGAAUGUGGAGAAUGUGGAAAGGACUUCAGGUAUAGGGCUAAACUUAUUGCACAUCAGAAAAUCCAUGCAAGGGAAAAACUUGAUUAA